GGCAUGCUUCAGGGCCCGCUGCUGCUGCUGCCCGCGGGGUUUGAAUUGAGCGCUCUGUUUUCCCGGCGGCGGCGGCGGAAUGGGGUCCCCGGCUCUGCCUCCGUCCUGGCAGCUCUAUCUCAAGGACCACCGCAUCUCUACCUUCAAGAACUGGCCCUUCCUGGAGGGCUGCGCCUGCACCCCGGAGCGGAUGGCGGAGGCUGGCUUCAUCCAUUGUCCCACUGAGAAUGAGCCUGACUUGGCCCAGUGUUUCUUCUGCUUUAAGGAGCUGGAAGGCUGGGAGCCAGAUGACAACCCCAUAGAGGAACAUAAAAAGCACUCAUCUGGGUGUGCCUUCCUGUCUGUCAAGAAGCAGUUUGAAGAACUAUCACUCAGCGAAUUUUUGAAACUGGACAAAGAAAGAGCCAAGAACAAAAUUGCAAAGGAAACCAACAGCAAGCAGAAAGAAUUUGAAGAAACUGCGAAGAAAGUCCGCCAUGCCAUUGAGCAGCUGGCUGCCUUGGAGUGAGCCCUUGCUGAGGCCUGGUCUCCAGUGACGUUCCACAUCCAAGCCACCUUCCUGCUUUCCUACCCCUCCUGUGUGACCUCCAGUAGUAUAUUAGGGAAGGAAAACGCCAGUAUUUUGAAAGUGGAUAUUUAGCAUUAUUUUUGUUUUUGCUUGAAAGCGGCCCCAGUCUGUGUGGCUGGUGCUGUUGGUCACAGUGGACGCCUCUAUCUUCCCUCCUUCCCCGCUCCCCUUUCUUUCUCUUGUGCUGUUUGUCACAUUGGUCACCUCUCUCUGUCUCUCUGUCGUGCACCCCUCUCCCCCAUGGCUUUGCUCUGUUGAGUCCUGGACUUGGGCAGAGGGAGGAGGGCAGUGUCCCUAUGACAGGACCUGACUUGGGGGUGUGGGGGUGUCCAUGUAGUUUCUGGUCUUCAUGUUUGCAAUACUCUGAAGAGCUGAUGUGCCCCCUGCUUAGUGGCCAUGUUGUUACUCACGUUGGACACUGAUCCACCUGUCUUUCUAAUGUGAGUCUCCCUAACGCAGAGCAAUGGGAUAAAAUCACUUUAAAGGG